UACGGAUUCUCCACAGUCGAGCUUCAACUGUUCCAAGAUGAUGCCGCAUAGAGAGAAUCGCACUUGGUUGCCUUUGGCGGUGGCCACCGCCCUCCUGGUGAUCCUCGGGUCGCAGAACUCCCGGGCAGAGGAGCCGAUCUAUCGCUUGUGUGUGCCGCAGAUUUACCUGGCCGAGUGCCAACAGCUACUGGCCGAUCCCUCGGAGGCGGGCAUCCGCAUGGAGUGCGUGGCUGGACGGGAUCGGGUGGACUGCCUGGAGCUGAUCGAGCAGCGCAAGGCCGAUGUGCUGGCCACGGAGCCGGAGGACAUGUACAUUGCCUACCAUCGCAAGAACGAGGACUACCGGGUGGUGUCUGAAAUCCGCACGCAGCAGGACAAAGAUGCUGCCUUCCGCUACGAGGGCAUCAUCCUGGUGAAGAAGGACUCGCCCAUCCACACGCUGCAGGAGUUGCGCGGUGCCAAGUCCUGCCACACUGGAUUCGGUCGCAAUGUGGGCUACAAAAUACCCAUCACCAAGCUGAAGAACACGCACGUGCUGAAGGUGUCCGCCGAUCCGCAGAUCUCGGCCACGGAGCGCGAACUGAAGUCGCUGUCCGAGUUCUUCACACAGUCGUGUUUGGUGGGCACCUACUCCACACAUCCCGACACGGACCGCCUGCUGAAGAAGAAGUACUCGAAUCUGUGCGCCCUGUGCGAGAAGCCGGAGCAGUGCAACUAUCCGGACAAGUUCAGUGGCUACGACGGCGCCAUCCGCUGCCUGGACAAGGGCCAGGGCGAGGUGGCCUUCUCCAAGGUGCAGUACAUCAAGAAGUACUUUGGUCUGCCCGGCGCCGGUCCCGAUGCCCCGCCCGCGGAGGGCGAUCCGUCCAAGUUUGAGUACCUGUGCGAGGACGGCAGCCGACGACCCAUCACCGGACCCGCUUGCUCCUGGGCCCAGCGUCCGUGGAGCGGCUACAUCUCCAACGAGAAGGCCGUCCACAAUGCGGACCAGCUGCAUCAGCUGCAGUCGCGGCUGGAGCGUUUCUUUGCCAAUGGACUGCAGGCGCAGAACAAGGACGCCGCCGCCCAUCUGCUCAUCCAGCCGAAUGCCGUGUACCACAGCAAGGAGGCGGCCAUCGAUCCCAAGGUCUAUCUGGAGCGGGCCGGCUACAAGGAUGUGAUCGAGCGCGACGGCAGUGCCAUCCGGAAGAUCCGGCUGUGCGCCCAGGGCGAUGAUCAGUUCGCCAAGUGCCAGGCCCUCCACCAGGCGGCCUAUGCCCGCGACGCCCGUCCCGAGCUGGAGUGCGUCCAGUCCACCGACUGUGUGGUGGCGCUGGCCAAGAAGGAGGCCGACCUGGUCGUCCUGCCCGCCUCCGGAUACGCCGAUGCCCGCAAGAAUCAGCUGCAUCCACUGGUCUACGAGCAGCGCGCCGAGGACGAUGUCCUGGUGGCCGUGGCCGCACCCACCGUCACCAGGGAGGCCCUCCAGAAGGCCAGCAUCAAGUUCAAUGAGGAUUGCGGACGCUCUCGUCUGGCCGCCGCCUUCCUGAACAAGCGACGUGGUCUGGACGCCUGCCGUGUGUCAUCCAGUGCCGAUGGAGAGGUGCAGAUCGUGCCCGCCUCCGAGCUGGAGCAGCACAAGGAUGCACAGCUGGUGUGCCCCAGCCUGGAGCGACGACCGGUCACCGAUUUCCGUGCCUGCAACGUGGACGUGGGCCUGCCCCGGGCCAUCUUCAUCAGGUCAGAUGCCACCAGUGUGGAGCAGGAGACCGUCAAGCAUCUGUUCUCCUUGAUCUCGGACAAGUUCGGUGCCCAUGGCAAGUUGGUCGAUGUCUUCGCCCUGUUCGGCGAGUUCCAGAAGGGCAAGAAGAACGUUUACUUCCACGACAACGCCAUUAAGCUGGUUACGGAGAUCAAGAGCGAAAUCCAAAACGAGCAGAUCUACGCUGAUCUCCAGUGUGAUGCUAACAAGAUCACCAAGCAGUGAGCACGGAGCACGGAUUUUACUACCUAUGUAUAUCUCCGUUCCCUUCGCAAUCUGCUUCAAUAAAUUUUAAUCCGAUUAUUACUAAAAA